GCUCUCUACCCUUCUCCUCUACCCCUGGCGGGGAGUCAGAGCGUCCCUCCCUGUGGAUCUAGGAGGCAUGUUCAGGAGUGCAGCAGCCAUCUCUGGGCACCUGGUGGGGCCGCUCUGGGGGAAGAAGGUCGGAGCCUCGCUCACCCGGUGCUUGCAUCAGACUCUCACCAUGGCCAAGCGACUGCAGGCCCACCGCCUGGACGGGAUUGACCACAACCCCUGGGUGGAGUUUACUAGGUUGGCCAAUCAGUAUGAGGCCGUCAACUUGGGCCAGGGCUUCCCUGACUUCUCACCCCCAGACUUCGCUCUGGAAGCUUUUCAGCAGGCCAUCAGCGGGGAUAUAAUGCUCAACCAGUACACCAUGGCGUUUGGUUAUCCACCCCUGACCAGGAUCCUGGCAGAUUUCUUUGGCAAGCUGCUGGGCCAGGAGUUGGAUCCACUCAAGAAUGUGCUGGUGACGGUGGGUGCCUAUGGAGCCCUGUUCACAGCUUUCCAGGCCCUGGUAGAUGAAGGUGAUGAGGUCAUCAUUAUUGAACCCUUCUUUGACUGCUAUGAGCCCAUGACACUGAUGGCCGGGGGUCGCCCUGUGUUUGUGUCCCUGAAACCGAGCCACACCCCUGAGGGCGGACUGAAACUCAGCAGUGACUGGCAGCUGGACCCCACAGAACUGGCCAGCAAGUUCACAUCCCAUACCAAAGCUUUGGUCCUCAAUACACCCAACAAUCCCCUGGGAAAGGUGUUCUCGAAGUCAGAAUUGGAGCUGGUGGCCAGCCUGUGUCAGCAGCACGACGUGCUGUGCAUCUCUGACGAGGUCUACCAAUGGCUGGUCUAUGACGAGCACCAGCACAUCAGCAUCGCCAGCCUCCCUGGCAUGUGGGAACGGACCCUGACCAUCGGCAGUGCGGGCAAAACCUUUAGUGCCACAGGCUGGAAGGUAGGCUGGGUCUUGGGUCCGGAUCAUAUCAUGAAGCACUUGAGGACUGUGCACCAGAACUCUGUCUACCACUGUCCCACCCAGGCACAGGCUGCAGUCGCCAAGAGCUUUGAGCAGGAGCUGAGACACUUGGGCCAGCCCAGCAGCUACUUUGUGCAGCUUCCCCAGGCCAUGCAGCACAACCGGGACCACAUGAUCCGCAGCCUGCGGUCUGUGGGCCUGGAUCCCAUCAUCCCCCAGGGCAGCUACUUCCUCAUCACAGACAUCCUGCAGAUCAAGAACAAGAUGCCUGACUUGCCUGGUGCUGCGGACGAGCCCUAUGACAGACGCUUCGUCAAAUGGAUGAUCAAGAACAAGGGCCUGGUGGCCAUCCCGGUGUCCAUCUUCUACAGUGGGCCACAUCAGAUGGAUUUUGACCACUACAUCCGCUUCUGUUUUGUGAAGAAUGAAGGCACACUCCGGGCCAUGGAUGAGAAGCUGCAGAACUGGAAGGCAGAGCUCAAGCCCUAGUGCCACCUCUCUGGUACCUGGCUUCAACCUGGUUCUAACCAGUCUGGCACUGGAGGACGGGACUUGGGAUGUCAGGGAGGAGCUCCCCUUUUUCAGGAGACUUAGGCGUCCCCUCCCGAAGUGCCUCACUCCUGAGUCAGAGUUGAAGGGGGCCUCACUUUAGCCUCCUCCUAUCACUCUCUUUAAUAAGUUGUAGGGUUGCCUCUUUUGGGUGUUCAGCCAUGGCUGGGACAGAAAGGGCAGAGUAUCAGGCCUGAAUCCCCAGCCCUGUCCCUGUCCUGGUCCCAGAGUUGCUCAGGGUCCUCUCCACCUCUCCUUAUCUUGUCUGGUCCUCAGGGUGCUGGCCUCAGGAUUGAGUUCUUUUAUCCAUAAUAAAGGCUUAAGUUAUUGAAACUCUG